AUGAGCUCCCCUCCUGAAUAUGUCCUCACUCGCGAUUAUCUUGAUAAUAAUCGAAUCAAUUUGCAACACCAUCUUUGGAUACAACUGUUUGGGUAUCUUGUUCACCCCAAAAUUUCCACUGAGAAUCCGAACUUAAGAAUAGCAGAUGUGGGUACCGGCACAGGCAUCUGGCUCACUGACUUGGCCAAAUCGCUUCCUGAGUCUGUACAGCUGGAUGGCUUAGAUGUAUCAUUCGACGCAACCCCUCCAUCAGAGUGGCUUCCUUCUAACUUGACACUUCGUCAGUGGGAUGUGAAGACAGACAUACCAGAAGAGCUUAUUGGAGUUUACGAUAUUGUCCACAUUCGGAACUUUCUUUUUGUGUUGCAAAACCAUGAGAUUUCACACGUCCUUGGAAAUCUCGUCAAAAUGAUUAAACCUGGCGGCUAUCUCCAAUGGGCAGAGCCAGAUGUAGCGUCCUUUCGCAUAGAGAAAACAAAGUCGGAGAAUCCUACCAACGCAAUGAACCGACUGCUCAAAGUUUCGCAAGGGCAAGAUGCAAGGUUGAGCCCAACAUGGGUUCCCAAUCUUCCAGCGCUUUACAAGGAGAUUGGCUUGGUGGAUAUCACCUCUGAUGUUAAGAUAGCGCCACCGUACCAUGAGCUUGCCUUUCACGAAUGCAGUAUGAUCAUACAUGAAUUAUUCGCAAGAACGACCAAAAAAGAAGGUAUGGCCGAGCAAUUGAGGGAAUUGUUACCAGAAGUUGCCAAAGAAACAAGACGGGGCUCUUGUUGGGCUUUCACGCGCAUGACUGUUGUUGGCAAGAAAUCGCUUUGA